GUACGUCUGCGUACCAAAAUUGUAGUCAUAUGAUGCGUUUUACCUCACUCGUCGAGAUUACGCCAAGUGCAGAGAGAAAAACAUAUCUCACGGUUUGAGGUUUUCAGUGCAGACUGCUACUCUGGUCACCAUUCGCUUGCAGUGAAGUCGUUCGUUGUCGUUUUGCUAUCGGGUCGAGUAGGUCGCACCCCAGGCCCUUCAUUUCAAUCCCGUGCGUGCGUGUGCGUGUGUGUGUGCGUGUGGAUUUUUGCGUGCGUAUGUGCUUAUGCGCACCCAUUUGUUGAAAGAAAAAGGGCAUCCCAAUCAAGAAGCCUAACGCGAACCAGGGAUCCAUUUAGGCAAAAUCCCGAGACCCGUUUCACCGAUCAAAAGGAACAAAAAAGAAAUCAGUAAAGUAAUUCAUAACAAAGCAGAAAUAUGCCUGGCUAUAUGUUCAACAUUGACGGUGGCUAUCUGGAGGGCCUUUGCCGUGGGUUCAAGUGCGGCAUCCUCAAGCAGGCCGAUUAUCUCAACCUGGUGCAGUGCGAAACGCUCGAGGAUUUGAAGCUGCAUCUGCAGGGUACGGACUAUGGUCAAUUUCUGGCCAAUGAACCGUCCCCGCUGGCGGUGUCCGUGAUUGACGACAAGCUGCGGGAAAAGCUGGUGAUUGAGUUCCAGCAUAUGCGCAACCAUGCCGUUGAACCGCUGUCCACCUUUCUGGACUACAUCACGUACAGCUACAUGAUCGAUAACAUCAUCCUGCUGAUCACGGGUACGCUUCAUCAGCGCCCGAUCUCGGAGCUCAUUCCGAAGUGUCACCCGCUCGGUAGCUUCGAGCAGAUGGAAGCGAUCCACGUCGCAGCAACGCCGGCCGAGCUGUACAAUGCGGUGCUGGUCGAUACGCCACUGGCCCCGUUCUUCGUCGACUGCAUCUCCGAGCAGGAUCUGGACGAGAUGAACAUCGAGAUCAUCCGUAACACGCUGUACAAGGCGUAUCUGGAGGCGUUCUACGACUUUUGCAAGAACAUUGGUGGCACCACCGCGGACGUUAUGUGUGAAAUUUUGGCGUUCGAGGCGGAUCGACGUGCGAUCAUCAUCACGAUCAACUCGUUCGGCACGGAGCUGUCCAAGGACGAUCGGGCGAAGCUGUAUCCGCGCUGCGGACGCAUGAACCCGGACGGUUUGGCCGCGCUGGCACGGGCGGAUGAUUACGAGCAGGUGAAGGCGGUCGCUGAGUACUACGCCGAGUACGCGGCCCUGUUUGACGGUUCGGGCAACAAUCCGGGCGACAAAACGCUGGAAGACAAGUUCUACGAGCACGAGGUGAAGCUGAACAUGUACGGUUUCAUGCAGCAGUUCCAUUUCGGUGUGUUCUACUCCUACCUGAAGCUGAAGGAGCAGGAAUGUCGCAACAUCGUGUGGAUUGCGGAGUGCGUCGCCCAAAAGCACCGGGCCAAGAUCGAUAACUACAUUCCCAUCUUCUAAAGAUGUUCCCUCCCCGUAUAAGCCUGCGGAUCUGGGCAAAUGGACGCAAGCACAAUAUGGCUUAAAUGUGAGAAGGAUAUAGCACAUAUGGAACCACAAUCUGCACGGGAAUGCCACAACCUUCCCGCACACUAUCAAACACCUUCCCCAAAACGAUCAACCAAUCGUUCGCAAAUCACCGAACUCCGCCUGAAGCGCCUCCAAAAUCCGUCAUCAUGGGAUCUGUCGUGUUGGCUCCCCAAAACACGACUAGUCCCCGUUGGAUUUAACCGUGUGUUCAUCGUACUCUUUUGGAAAUCCUGAAUCGUGUGUGCCUGAAUUGUUUAGUCAAUGUAUGUCCUUCCCCUUUGUUUUCCCCUUAACUCCUUUUCAAACCUUUUUUCACAGAAAAUAAGUGCGUAUUGUUUUCUGUUUGUUUGUGGCAAUAUUUAAUUUGUAUAAGAAUGUUUUUAUUUUGUUAGCUAAAUUACGUUCCCCCUAUUUGCCCACGUGUGUGUGUAUUUGUAUGUGUAUAUCCGUCGUGUAGCGAAUUAAAGUGUACAGAAAAAAACAACUAUCAAGAACAAAACAAACCACACAGUUAUGAAUGGACAAGUGUUGCGGAAUAGGGCAGAUAUAUCGAAACGAGACAAAGAUGACACUGCAUUCCAACGUUCGAGAGCGACACACAUCCGGCAAAACACUAUUAUCGUGCGAGAACGAGAGUAAAAUAACAAUGUAUUAACGUGCUGAUAUAAAUAAUUAUAAUAAAAGCACAUACAGUGUAGUUAUCCCCAUACAAACAAUUGUACAAAAGAUCUUAGAUAAACGUUGAACCAAAUAGAAAAGAAAAAUCGCAACUUUGUCCGUCGGUAAAAGUGUACCACAUGAACAGAUUGUGCGAAUAACAACGUAA